GGCCCGGGCGGGCAGCGCCGCUCCCUCCCCUCCCCGCCCGCAGGGCUGAGCCCCGGAGCUCCGCGGGGCAGCGGCAGCGGCACAAGCUGCGAACGAGAUCUUUUCUGUCUGGCGCCUCCGGACACGGGAAUUUAUACCGAGUUACAUGAAGAUACCGAAGGGUGCAGCAAGGAAAAAAUACUUGGAGGGUCUGGAAGGAUAUUUUGCCAUCACUGAAGGAAUGGACCUUUCCAACCUGCAUGGAAAAUGUCCUUUUUAAUCCCAAAAGUCGCAAAGGAAAACUUAUGACUGAAGUCCUACAGGAGUUGGAGUUCAGCUGUACUUUUAACCUUAAAUAGACCAUGGAGAGUUUGUUAUCUCUACUCUGUUGCCAUUAUUCUUUGCUGAUUUUAUUUCAGCAAAAGUAUCAGGUGUACGGAAACUACUCCCAGCUCCCCAAACACCCAGGAUUCAGAGUCCUGGCAUCAGCUUCCCAUUACUGGCCCUUGGAAGAUGUGGAUGGAAUUCACGAGUUUCGGGACACAAACGGAGCUCUAAGAAUCCACAACUUCACUGUGCUUCCUUCCCAUAACUCUACCUUUGUAAAUACCAAUGACUCUGCCUACUCUAACUUCUCUGCAACUGUAGAUAUUAUAGAAGGGAUGGUGAACAAAGGGAUUUACGUCACUGAAAAGAAAGGAGUCACCUUUCUCUUCUUCGGAAGCUAUCGGAAUUCUUGCAUUAGUAAUCCAGAGGCUUGUGGGCCUGAAGGAGUAACAUUUUCCUUUUUCUGGAAGACUCAAGACCAACAGGCCAAGCUUCUCCCUGCCUCUGGUGGGCGAGUAAUUUCCAGUGGUUUCAAAAUCUGCUCAAACGAAGGUGAAGGCUCCGUGGAGUUUUACAGCCGUGGGAAUGCAAUGAUGAAGUGGAAAGCCAGCUUUAGUCCACCAGGCCCCUACUGGACCCACGUCCUCUUCACCUGGAGGUCGCGGGAAGGCCUCAAGGUCUACGUCAACGGCAGCCUGAGCACGGCGGACCCCGACGGGAAGGUUUUCUACGACUACGGCGAUGCCGGCAGCGAGCUGCUGGGGGGCACGGAGGGGACGGCGCGGCGCUCCGUCAGCGGCGCCUUCGACGAGUUCGUCAUCUGGGAGAGGGCCCUGAGCCCCCGCGAGGUGCGCCAGUACUUCACGGCCGCCGUGGGUGUGCAAGUUCUGCUCUCUUCAACACUUCCCUGGUCUCUGAUGACAACCACUACAGACCCUGUGCUCCCCACCGAUGCCUACCAGCCCAUCAUCGCGGCGCUGAGCCGGGACAGAGGCAGCUCGCCCUCGCCCAGCUCCCUGCUGGGGCACCUGCAGGACGUGUCCUUCAGCCUGCCCAACUCCUCCCUGGCAGAGCACACUGCCCUGAGCCUGGCCCAGGCAUUUUUAAAAGCUGUUGAAGACUUUCUGUUACUGUCUGACUGGAUUGAUGGACCAGAGAGCCCCGCGGUGCUCAGCAGCCUGAUCCACACCAUCGACACGGUGAUGGCUCACCUGUCCCGCAACCUGGAGGGCAGCUCGGAGGAGAACUCGCUGCCGCUGACCCUCGAGGGCUCCUCGGCCGUGGCAGAUUACGCUGUGGUCAAAAUGCAUCCCCAGACCCUGAAUGUGUCCCACUAUCGAUUUCCAUCUCGAGGGCAGAGCUACAUUUCCAUUCCCAGUGAAGCUUUCCAUGGAAAAGCCUGGAUCACCAUCGUGGGCCUGCUCUACCACAACAUGCAUUACUUCUUCAACAACAUCAACCCUGUGGACACCAGGAUUGCCGGAGCUGCUGCCUACAAAGGCUACAUGAUCUCAGCCAGCAGUUUCCUCAUCUCUAUCAAGGUGGAGCCUCUGCCCCAGCUGUCCCACAACCUGUCAGGCUCUCCUCUCAUCACCAUCCAGCUCACCCACAGGCUGACGCCCAGACAAUACAGCCAAGCACUAAAUAAAAGUAACAGAGUUCAUCUUUACUGUGCAUUUCUGGAUUACAGCAAUGGGACUGGUGUUUGGUCUGACGAGGGCUGUGUGCGUGAGAGUGGGGACCUCAACUACUCCGUGUGCCUCUGCAACCACCUCACCAACUUCGCCAUCCUGAUGCAAGUGGUGCCCCUGAAGCUAACCAGAGAACACCAGGUGGCCCUCUCCUCCAUCACUUACGUCGGCUGUGCCCUGUCCAUCUUCUGCCUGACGAUCACCCUGGUCACGUUCGCUGUGUUGUCGUCUGUCAGCACCAUCCGCAACCAGCGCUACCACAUCCACGCCAACCUGUCCUGCGCCGUGCUGCUGGCCCAGGCCCUGCUGCUGGCCAGCUUCCAGCUGAGUCCUGCAACCCUGCCUUGCAAGAUAUUUGCCAUCCUCCUUCAUUUUUUCUUCCUGAGUGCCUUUGCAUGGAUGCUGGUGGAAGGAUUUCAUCUUUAUAGCAUGGUGAUCAAAGUAUUUGGGUCAGAAGAAAGCAAGCACUUAUAUUAUUAUGGAAUUGGAUGGGGCUGCCCACUGGUGAUCUGUGUCAUUUCUGCAAUGUCGUCCCUGGACAGCUAUGGAGAAAGUGGCAACUGCUGGCUUUCACUGGAGAAUGGAGCAAUCUGGGCUUUUGUGGCACCAGCGAUGUUUGUCAUUCUGGUCAACAUUGGCAUUCUCAUUGCUGUCACAAGAGUCAUCUCCAGAAUCAGUGCAGACAGCUACAAGGUCCAUGGAGAUGCUAAUGCCUUCAAACUAACAGCUAAAGCCGUGGCUGUUCUCUUACCCAUCUUGGGGAGCUCAUGGAUCUUUGGUAUUUUGGCUGUCAAUGCCCACGCUUUAGUAUUUCAGUAUAUAUUUGCUGUUUUUAAUUCACUACAGGGAUUUUUCAUGUUCCUGUUUCACUGUCUUCUGAACUCAGAGGUUAGAGCUGCCUUUAAGCACAAAACCAAGGUCUGGUCCCUCACCAGCAGUUCAGCACGCAACAUCAAUGUGAAGCCCUUCAAUUCAGACAUUAUGACUGGGAAUAGGCCAGGCACAACUCCCACGAAGCUGAACACCUGGGAUAAAAGCACCAAUUCAGCAAACCGCAUUGAUUUAUCAGCAGUCUGACAGGAGCAGCAGCUCCUCAGAGAAAAUCAAACCACACAUUCAGGACCUCUGACACCGUGUCCACCAGCUUUUUCUCACUGUAACAGUAGAAAACUGGGUUUUUAAUCACUGCCUAAUGAAUUGGGAAUUGCCAUUGUUUUGUUGAGUAAAUAGCCCUCAUUGCUUGCCUUCAAAACUGUAACACAUUCUAGCACUUGGCUACUAGCAGUAUCUGUAAAAAUGACCAGCACAAAUAUACACUGGAUGGUUUUGUCAGCAAUGAUGAAAACUCUACGUAUGCAAGAAGGGCUUCUUGCCUCUGAAUCAUUCCAGCUCCCAGAACUGAGGGAAAGCAACAUACCUCUGAAAAUAUGGAUUUUUAUGCUCUAAAAUGAAAUGCUUCCCACUGUGAUGUUGUAAUGAGACUAUCCCAGACUUUCUGUGCUCUCUCUGUUUACAUUUUUUACCUUACAGAAUUAUCAAAGUGAAGUUGAUUCAAAAUACAUGGUGUGGUGUUUAUCUAGAUGCUAUAAGGAAGGCAGGACUUGAGGGAGGAGCAGGUUCCAGCUACCCCACUCCCAAGGUGGGUGUGGAUUGGCAAAGCUAAUGAGCACAUAAACAGCACCUGUAACAUCUCCUGGAUGUGGCCUGGUAGUAUUUUAGCUCUUCCUCUUGCCCUGUUAUCAUCAGAGGCAAAACUGGCUGUGGCUGUCCUAGAGCAGCCCACAGCCCCUCUGCUGCUGAUGUGUGUCUGCUGAUACAUGGCCAUACAAAUCAUUCAGUUAUUCCCCUGCAGCUCGGGGAUGCAAUCAGCAACUCUCCUUUGGGUGCAUUCUGCAAACUCUAACCCUAGAGCUGUGACUUACCCUGCUCCUUUUGCUGGUCAUUUCGAGACACUGAAUUGCUGCCACAAAGAUGUAAGACAUUGAUAUACUGUGAAGACAGCCAGCCUACAAACCAGUCUGUGUAUUGUUUCCUGCAGACAGCUUUUAAACAGGUCUCUGCAGUCUCUUUUUGUGGUUUCAGACUCUGCUCAGCAUUUAGUAGCUUCUGCUUCAGUACUGCUAUGAACUGUCUUUGAGGAGGGAAAAAACACUGUAAUGUUUUUUCUGAGCAGUGUUUUGUAGGGUCUCAGAGUGGUGUUUGGGGCACGAGGCAGGGCCACACAAACGUGCACCUUCCCAGCCGGAGCCCACAGAACUUAACCCCUGGCAGAGGUCAGCAGGUAAUUCACUGUCCUGAUCCACUGGGCUACCAAAGUACUGCAACAGGCAGAAAAUGCAACUCUUCAACCUCACCUCUUCAUAAGAUGUUUCGUGUUGGGUUUUUUUAGCCUUAAUUAAAUGUUUGUGCAUUCAGCAGCUCCGACCAUUCCUGGUCCUGGUGUUUUUUGUUUCUAAUAGAAAAGGUAUUUACACUCUAAUAUGCAAAGUGGAAAUUUUUUAUUGCAUAGUAAAUUUAUCAAAAAAUGAAAUUAAAUUAAUCUUUAGGGAACAGGAAAUACCCACCAAAUAUGACUGAAUUUAGUGAUGUGUUUAAUCCAAAAGACAUGGAAUUUAAAGUUUAGAAAAACUCAAUGCAUUUAAUUUCUGUUUGGUCCAAACCAAGUUUUGUUCCUAUUUUCUUCCUGCACUAAAAAUAAAGAUCUGUUUCAGUUUGGCUCAAUCUUUCCUGCCUUUUCCCCUUCCCACACCUGGGUGUGAUCACCAAACUGGAAGCCCAGAGUCCACCCAAGUUUGUUGAGCUUACAGCUCAAAACAUUCUACAGAAAUUAUUUUAGUUGCACCAGAUUUAGUUGCUGGAUUCCUGCAGCUGGAACAGAGCAGAACUGCACAUCACACAUUUACAGGCAUGAAAUCCAUGGCUUUAAUCUCAUGUUUCCUAAUGCAAAUAACUCCAGUUGUUGACAGCUAACUCCAUAGAGAGGGUCAGUAAAAGCUAAAUAUGUAGAUGGCUGUGUCUUUAUUUUGGCUUUUCUGUAUGGUUUUCUCCUAGCCUUUUCUGCACUGCUCUGUCUUACAGCUGUGCAAAUAUUUGGGCUUUUCUUGGCCUGAAAAUUAUUUUUUUCCCUGAAAGACCUUGUAGACAGAGCCCUUGGGAUGUACAGAGGAGGUGGAAUAGAAAAGUACUGUGAUAACAGUGCUCAGAGUUUGUAUUGUGUGCACACAAUGUAUUUAAGCAUAUUUUUUAUACUGGACCAUAUGAGUUCUUUUGGUUUUGGUUUGUUUCUUUGGUUUGCUUUUGGUUUUUUUAUACUGUGACCACAAAUAUAGAUUGAAAUCCUCCUUGAUAAUUUUCUAGUCAUUGUAUUAUAGCACAAAGUUCUGUGAAUGAACCAGAUAACAUAUAAAAGCUUUUUUUUUUGUUUUGUUUUUAAAAAUCUUAAUUUUUAAGAGUAUUCCCCUCUGCACAAUUUUUGUUACCUGCAUUUCUUCCUGUGCUGUAUUGGUCAUUUUGAGACCAGUCAAGGUCCCUUUGGAAAAAACCCCAACAAGAAACAUACCACUGACACCGCAGAAUGGCAGUGGCACAAAGGGCUGAGGCAGUUUUUCAUCCAGGCGUGCUCUGGUUUAAAAUUGUUCACCAAGCCUGAGACAAGCAUGAAAGCAUGUUUGGUUUUAUACUUUGGAAAGGGACGGGGCAGUGCUGUGAGGGAAGACCCAGUGUCUCCUGGGAUCCUCUGAGCAUGCAGGGUCCUGCUGCACCUGAACGGGGCUGGGAUGAAGCAGUUUUAUUUUGUUCAUGGCCCACGAGGUUUGGAGCAUGAAUUUAUCACACUGCAUUGGGCAUGGGGCUCCUUCUGGUUUUGAUAAACUGGUGAAAAUCCCCACAAAGUACAAAUGUGUUCUGUUGCCAUCGAUAUCCAUUCUUUUUGUUUGAUUCAAAGUGUUUUUCUUGGUACUGAAUGCAGCAAAUGUACUGAAUAAGAAAUGCUCAAAUUAAUCUUUAAACAAUCUCUUUCUGUCCUCAGUCUCUUGAAGCUUGAAAAUCUUGCAGUUUAUUUAUGGGCUUGUAUAUAGCAGCUAUUACAAUAUUUUUUUUUUGGACAGCGUCAUUUUGUCAACAGUAUGAAAUCUUAAUUGAAUGAAAUGUGAGUUUUAAAAAUAGGUAAUGUAGCAAGAAUGACUUUGCCAGUAAUUAGUAAAAUAAUUUAGUUUUGUUGGUUUUUCCCCCUCAAAUAAAUAAGAAAUCUUAAUUUCCUAAAA